AUGUAAUACACACAAACUCAGCUAGAAAUCAGCUUAACAAGUUUUAAGGAUAUUCGAAACAAUCUAAAAGAUGAAUUUUAAGAUUAUCUUCUACAAAAUAGCUCAAGAGACAAGGAAGCACCUAAUUACUUUGGAAUUAUCUUAAAGGAGUUAAAAAAUAAGAAUCAAUAAAUGCAAAAGUAAAUAGCUAUGUACUCCUCUCCUAAUUUUUCUCAAGUUUCUACAUAUUCAUAAAACGUAAAUGAUCAAAGAAUUUCUUUAGUAUUAGAUUUCAAAAUCUUCUGAUGAAACCGAAAGAUUAACAAAAGAGUUGGAAGUUUAGAAAUCCUUAAUUCAAAGUGAAGUGGAACUUAAAAAAUCAAUUAAUUGCAUUAAGAAGCAAAUUUAUCCUUUAUAAGAAUAUACUAAUCAAUUGUCUUAAUAGUAAAAUUAGGCAGAAAACGAAUGUAAAACAGCUGAGUCUGAAUCUGUAUGAAUUUAUAUUAAAUUAGAAAGAAUAGAAUUAAAAAAACAAUUUGCGAGCUCUAAUCUUCAAUUGCUAGAUUAAAGUAUUAAAGAUAAUAAUACCGUGAUUUUAUCUAUGAGUAGAGUUUGAAAGUUGAACAAAAUCUAAAAUAAGAAUAAUGCACUCUUGAAUAAUAGAAUGAGACAGUUGAUAAUUUAGUCUAAACAAUAUCUAAAUAGAAAACUUAAAUUGAAGAUUUAAUUAAAUAAUAAUAUGAAAAAAUGGAAAAAAGCGAAUAAUAAAGAAUAACUAUACAGAACUACUUAACACUAACAAAAUUAUACGAAUUUUGCACCAACUAAAUUGAAUAAUUCAAUAUGAAUGAUAACACAUAAAGAAUUAGCAGCGAAUCUGAAUCUUCAGGCAAAGAUGAUUUAUACUCAGAUUAGGAAGACUCAAUAAUAACAAGCAAUAAUUUUUUUUAAACUCAGGUUCAAACAUCAUCUUAGCCAAGAUCAAAAUAACGAAUACCAACACCAAAAAAGAAAAAAAAGGAAAAAAAGAAAUUAACAUAUCCAUAAUUAAUGGAGAAAUUUUAGCAAUCAAAAGAAUUACUUUCAUAAAUUAAAAAUGAUGUUGAUAUCAAUAUAAUGGAAUAAUUUAUUUUAAAUUACUAUUAAGAAUAAUCUGAAAUACAAAGAUAACUAACAGAUCAACAUUAAGUUUUGUAGGAGUAAAAAGAUGAGUAUUUACAUGAAAUUUAGAUGCUAAACGAUAAAGUAUUUAUUUUAUUUGUAACGAUAGCUAAAUUUGACAGAUGAUGUGAGAGAAAAAUUAGUAAGAUGUUAAGAACCGACAUCUGAAAACUUUAAUUAGAAUAUCUUAACUCAUAAAAUUGCGAAUACAAGUAAUGAGAAUGAAUUGCAAAUUAUAAAAUAAACAGAUAAAUUGAAUAAAUUAGAAGCAUUGUUUUUUACUUUGAACACAAGAGCCAUGUCUUUAUUGAAAAGAAUAUGUUCUAUUUUAUAAAACAUAUAAUAAAUAAGUGAAAAAUUAGAUAAUAGAAUAAUUAAUGUUUAUUAAAAUGCAGUUUUAACUGUUGGUUUAUUAAGAUCAAACAAUGAAAUAGAAUUGAAUCAGUUUCCAAAAUUUAAGAAACUAUUAAAAGGAAACAAUCUUACCUUAAUUUACUGUGACUAGUAAGUAUUUCAAGAAUUCUGUGAAAAAGUUGAAAAUUUUACUGAUGAUGAUUUAUCGACUAAUUUUUAGACAUUAAUAGAAAUUUGUAUGACAAGAAUAGCUGGAGAAACUUAAUGCAUUUAUGAAUAAAUCUCAACUAUUUGUAAUUGUCUUAAAGAUGAAGUAAGAAGACUAUGUAAUUAUGGAAGUCUAAGAUCUUUUCGAGACUUAACAAGCAUGCCAAUAUCAAAUUUAGCGAGUUCAUAUAACGCUCCAACUAUGAGAAAAUUAAAAGAAUAAUCAGAAUCUAAAUAAUCAGAAGUUACUAGCAAAAAAUCAAUGGAGAGAUUUGAGUAAUAUUUCUUAAAUUAUUAGGAAAAAAUCAUUAUUGGCGGAUGAAUUUAAAUUUGUGAUUGAAUAAAACGAAAAAAGUUUAAAUGAAGAUGAUAUAGAUGAAUUUUAUUAUCAAAUAAAAAAAGAAAUAGAAGCAAAGCCUUCAACUAAAACAACUAGAAUUGAGACAGCUAAUUUGACAAAAACAACGCUAGUUUACGAUUAACCUUAAAAAAAUAAAAUGACUGAAUUUUUUAGAUCAAAUUCUAAGGUGUCUUAAUCAUUAAGAAGAAUUUAAUCAUGUAAAAUUAAUAUUAAAGUUUAGAAGGGCAAUUUAUCGACACUUAAUCGAAAAACUUUAAGUAGUUUUUAGAGAAAGAAUAAAAGCAUAUUGAAUUAUUAUAAAGAAUGAAUCGUACAGGAAGUACAUCAGCAUUCUAACCAACAACUUUAAGACCAAAAUCUUAGGAAAAAACUCGUGUAUUCAAUCUCCUACCAAGAACAAUCAGCACAUCGUAAUAGUAAAGAUCAGGGAGAAAAAAAAUCGUUGCUAUAUAAGUUGAAAAGGAUAUGAAAAGAUUGAAAGAUCAAAUAGGUAGAUUUACCAAACUACAAUUGAAUUGA